AUGUCUGAGCUAUCCAUUGUGCUUGGACACCAUACCGAUACUGAGGUAGGCUACCCAAGCAUAAACACGGAUGGUAUCAUCCCUUUGACGCUGAGCUCAUUACCACAACUGACACACACAACUCCCUUUGGAGCACAACUAACCGGCAGCUUCCUUAUUGAUCUCAUAAAAACUCCGUCAGGACCGGGAGAAGAGUCCAUAGAUAUGCUCGGUAUUGCCUUAUGA